CUGGGCACAUUUCCUUCUCUUGGCAAAAUGCGAGAGAGAUGAAGGUCCUGGCACUUUUGUUACUCUCGUUGAACUUUGCUAUUGGAGGGGGUGGAAGGACGGAAAGUGAGAGCAGAACCAGACAUAACAGCUCUACACAUUUGCUAGCAACAAACAAACCGCAGUUUUUAAGGCCAGAAAACCCUCCAAAAUACUUUGCGAUAGAUAUCGACGGGACCCUCUUUUCAGAAAAUGAAGAAGCACUCGAGAAUAACAUCAAAGCCAUAAUAGAAGCCAAGAAGAGGGGUUACACACCAUUUUUCUGUACAGGAAAAUCCCGUGGAUCAGCUUUAAAACUCAUGGGAGAUGAUUUUGUAGAAAGGACAGGUUAUAAUGGCUACCCCGGUGUUUACAGAAACGGAGCAUUCAUAUAUGGCGAUAAUGAUGCCUUGCAUAUGAAUAUAUUAUCAAGACAUUUUUUAAGCGAUAUUAUUGGAUUUCUUCCGAAUGAUUCUCUGAAUAGAGUGAUAUUUUUCCAUAGGGAUGAUUCGUAUUCACUCGUUGAUACUGAUCCCAAGAUAAAAGAUAUUUUAAAAGCAAAGGGAUUCCCAGAUACGCAAGUUAAAACGCUUGAUGAAAUUUUGGAUUUUAAGAUAAGAAAGAUGAUAAUAUCUAGUGAUGUUUCAGAGCUUUCAAAACUUAGAGAAAAUUUGGGAUUUAACGCAUUUGGAUUACGUGAUAACUUAUAUGAGAUCUUACCACUUGAUCUAAAUAAAGCCCUCGGUAUUAAACAACUUAUGGAGCACUAUGGCAUUCCUCCAGAGGAGUGCGCAUUCAUAGGUAAUGGAGAUAAUGAUAUCGAAGCUAUGGAACUUUCUAGUCUCUCGUUUGCAGUUGGUAAUGCUCCAGAUUAUGUAAAAAAGCAUGCAAAAUGGGUGUUAGAGGAGACCUGUGACGAAGGAGCAGUUGCAAAGGCCCUCGGACUCGUCUAUGGAUUCACUAUAGAAUAG